CUUCAGAACACAAGUUGAUGACGUUACAAUGAAGGUUGCGUUGUCGUCUGUACGAUGUGAUGGGACUGAAGACAGUAUAUUUCAGUGCGGAAGCAGUGGCUGGUUAUCGGCCCCGGCCUCGUGUCAGAGUCACGAGAAGGACGCUGGGGUUUAUUGCUAUAAACAUGUGAAAUUGCCGAUGUAUUCUUACGGCUCUGUGCAGUAUCACACUGGUGAGGAGUAUGGCCUGGUAUGCGCAGAUGGGUUCGAUACAAAAGCAGCAAAUGUGGUCUGUAAACAGAACAAUUUUGCCCAGGGUGUCUCAGUGUGUUGUUCCGGUUUUGGUCCGUCCCGUCUGAAAUUUAGCAUGUCCAAUGUGCAAUGUAUCGGCAAUGAGAGGUCUUUAAGAGAGUGUUCCUACAUAGACGACAACCCUGUAUGCCCCAGUGGACAGUAUGCCGGAGUUGUGUGUACAGAUUUUAAUCCUGGGUUUACAAGAAUAUCAGCUGACCCAGAAAUCAAGAUCAAGUAUUUUUCCCAUGACGGCUAUGUUUGUUCGGAGGGAUUUACAGACGCUGAUGCUAAAGUGGUUUGUAGAGUGAACGGCUUCUCGUAUGGAAAAGCAUUUAAAGCGUCCGGACAAGGUUUUGAGAACAAAAUACGAUGGUUGAGAGGUCUAGGCUGUUUAGGAGCGGAAACUAAUGUCAUGCAGUGUAACAACGGCGUUUUAAGUUGGGGUGCGAUAGGAGUUUGUUCCUGGGACUCGAUUGGCGCAGCCAUAUGUUCAAACACUGAAAGUGACAUGGACUUUGACAUACGGCUAGCAAAUGGUUCCAGCGUCUCAGGGCGUGUGGAGAUCAAGGUGAAGGGUGAAUGGGGAACUGUUUGCGGCGAGGACCUAACAAGGAAUGAAGCAAGUGUUGUAUGUAGGAAUUUAAAUUUCCACGCCGGAAGAAACAUGCCCGCAGGAUAUUCAGGGCCUGGAACAGGGGAGGUCAUCAUCUUGGGAAUUAAAUGUGCAGGUAACGAGACAAGCGUUACGGAGUGUAUAUGGUCCGGAUAUGGAAAAAGUGUGAAACGUUGCGAUCAUUCAAAGGAUGCAGCUGUCCAAUGCUUCUAUAACACUCGACUUGUUGGUUCUACGACGAUAAAUUAUGGUCGGUUAGAAAUGUUUGAUCAGUCAACAGAUAGGUGGCUGGCAGUUUGUGACCGAGAUGUCAACGUGAAUAAUGCAAACAUUAUAUGUCGUCAGAUGGGUUAUGUUGCUGGAAUGUAUCAAGAAGGCUCUCCAUUAGGUCCAGCAUCAACAGAUAUAUCUAUUGUGUCUAUAGAUUGUACUGACACGUCGGAAUGUACAUUUGAAACAGGAUCUUGUUGGUCGGAAAAAUACCUUGCCCUGUACUGUAGUAAAACCAACAUUGUCAAUGAAAAUGCAUCAGUCAGACUGCCACUAAGCUCCUUCUAUGGUCCCGUUUCAAUUCAACGUUAUGGUCUGUGGGGUCAUAUUUGCAGUAAUGAGUUCGAUGACAGUGAUGCCCUUGUCGUCUGCUCACGGUUGGGCUAUGGGUCUGGAAUCGCCGUCAGAACAUAUGCUACAGAUGGAUUUCCAAUUAUUCAGGGAAACGUCGGUUGUUCCGGUAGUGAGGCAGCUAUAGAGAAUUGUGCACGUGGCCUGUUUGCUGAUGAUCCUGGUUGCUAUGCAACGGACACGGUAGCAGGGGUGGUUUGCUACAAAGACCCUGGACUGAGCUAUGGCUCAACCGGCUUAGAUCACGAGACUGGUCGAAUGUCUACAGGUGUGGAGAUUAAAGCAAAUGGCAAAAGCUUGUAUAUUUCACAAGUGAAAUUUACGGACACUGACGCUGCUGUGUAUUGUUACACGUUAGAUUACGCUGGUGGAGAGACGUACCACGCUGGUUCCGGAUCUUACGGUGUCACUGACAUGAACUGUGAUGGCACCGAAGAAUCGAUCCUUAAGUGCCCGGCAGUCUGGGACCCAGAGAAAACAAGAGAUAAAACUGGGGACCUUGCUGGUGCCACGUGCUAUACAGCCGUGAGAUUAGUUGGAGGUGAUCCGAAAUACUAUGGCGUGGUGUUCACGUCUAAAGGAGUCAACAGUGGGCCAGUGUGUGCAGCAGGAUUUGAUCAUGUUGAUGCAGGUACGGCAUGUGCGAGCCUCGGUUACAGUGCUGGGCUGGUUCUCUGUUGUGCUCCAUUUGGAACUAUAGACGAGAAACCAGUCAUAACUAAUGUCCAAUGCAGAGGAACAGAAAAACACUUAACAGACUGUUUGCACGAUGAUGCAGGGGACACAAGUUGUUCCAGAGAUUACGCUGCAGUUGCAUGUUACUCCGGAACUAAGCCGACAGACUAUACAUUAAGCCUACCAUCUACAGAUACCAGUACUUAUGCCGGUAACCUUGUAUUGACGUACAUGGGCAUCAGUGGAAGCAUCUGUAUGGAUGGAUGGGACGACAAUGAUGCUCAUGUUGCAUGUAGGGAACUAGGAUACCAAACCGGGGUAGCGUAUAAUGCUGCCAAGUCUGUUCCUGGACCGUAUUGGAUUUCCCAAGUUAACUGUAAUGGAAAUGAAGAUACAUUAUCACAGUGCCAAUUCAUCUCUUUUGGAGAGGUAUUGGGUUGUAGCACUUUGCAGAGCCAUGCAGGGGUUAUAUGCUAUGACAAUGAAGGAGUAUUUUCCCGCCUUUUUGGAAGCGGGGAGUCCCGUUAUGGUCGCGCGGAGCUGUCUGUCUCGGGAGAAUGGCGGUCAAUUUGUAACACACAUUGGGACAACGAAGAUGCGCACGUACUGUGUAAAAUGUUAGACUUCAGAACUGGGGAAGCUUUUCAAAAAACGUAUAACGAUACAUUGCAAGGACCUGUCUGGGACAUCAACUUUAUGUGUGAUGGUACAGAGGCAUCCCUUACUGAAUGUGUGUCGUCUGGUUGGAAAUCAGCCACUUCAGAAACAUGUGCAAGACACACAAAUGACGCCGGCGCUUUCUGCUACACAUCCGUAAAACUGUCAACUGGCGUAGGACGAAGGACGGAUCAAGGAGCUGUCCUGAUGUACAAAGAUGACAUGUGGUAUACACUGUGUGCUGACGACUUCACGGACGUGUCAGCACAGACUGUAUGCAGGGAACUUGGAUUUCAGGAUGGCCUAUUCCAGUGCUGUUCACAAUUUGGAGACUUGGAUCAAUAUCCUCGUCUAGAAACCCACAAGGUAAUGUGCAGUGGGAAUGAGACGGACGUGACAGAUUGUCUUGUCGAAGGUGAAUGUACUGGCAAAAAUUAUGCAUCCGUUGUUUGCUACGGAUUCAUACUUAGCACUACAGAAACUAUAACGAAACUGCCGGUACCGGAGGACAAAUUUGAUCCAUUACCUGUAAUCAUAGCUGUUGUAGUGUUCAUUUGCCUUGUGAUAGUAUUCGUUCUUGUACUGUGUGUCCUCCGGAGACAGAGAAGAAAGAAAAAACUUGAAACUAGCAGACAGAAUUUUGAUAGUGCUAUGAUUAGAGAAGAAACGGAUGGAAGUGUUCAUGUAGAAAACAGACUUCAUGGCGUCGCUGUGACGCCAGAGGUGUCGCGUGUGGAAUAUGGAAAGCGCGGAGGAGAUCACUUUGCUAGAAUAUCGCCGUCUUACAGAAAUCCAGGCUACUCUACGCCACGUGAUGUAAACACUGGUAAUAUUCCUGUCUCUUCUCCUGAAACACAAGAGCAAAACAGAACCGUGAUUGAUAUUAGAACAUCUCAGCCAUAUGAUAAUCCUGUUGCUCGCAAUAACAUCGAAGAUCCACACUUGUAUGACAGUAUAAAACCACACGUGUAUGACAGCAUUAAAUCAUCUGCUUAUCUGACACCAACUGUCCACCAGACGCAACAUUCCAAUGACACUAGUAUAGAUAGUCAUUUAGUCUCGGCAUUAGCAAAUCAGGAUGAAGUUGCGUCUCCAACAGAAGACAAAACUGAACCGCACUUCCUGCAAGUGGCGGAUAUAGAUACAAAUCUGGGUGAAAAUCAGGGUGAAUAAAUGGUCAUACUAAAUAAGCAACUCAUUUAGAUUUAGUAAAAUGAUAUUAUGUACUACUAGUGUACCAGUAUUAGUGAUAAAGAUACCUAUUAUAUGAGUUUCCUACAUAUUAGCUUUAGGCGUAUUAGCUUAAAUAGGACUUAUAUCACAAUGUUCUUAACUCGAUGUGAUCUGGAUUUUUAUUAUAUAAUCUAUAAUAUAAUUUUGUUCUGUAGGGAGUCUGCUGUUCUAUAAAUAUAGUACGAGAUAUUGAAACGACACUUAAGUUAUAGGUAGCUGAUAGUAAGGCCGAUGUCGGCAUUUGGAGUCAUUAGCCUCAAGGCCAACGUCACUGUUUUCUAAAAUAGAAAAAACAAAGUUUCCGCUCGAUAAUAUCUAGUUGUUUGGAGAGACUUACCCUAACCAAAUUUUACACAAGUAAAACAAGCUGUUUAUUUGGUGACACCUUUUUCUAGUCCUAAUCAUAUCCAUGCAUAUGUUUCCUGUAUAUAAAUUUAGUUAGGAAUGGCAUACUGUCUAGAAAGUCUAUAAGAAGAUCUAGCUUUUGAACAGUAUUAUUGAAAGCAGAAAACUUUGCGGUCAAUAACAGUAACUAGGAUGAGAUAUUCUGAUGGAACUUUGUAUGUAGGUAUCUUAAUAGGACAGACAGGUUGUGGAGUGUUUUGUGGCAACUUUGGCCAAGAUCAUUGUAACUAAAAUAAGAAAUGUUUAAAAACCUGGAAACGGAGAAAUUUCAUAUCUCGUGUUGUUCAAUUGAAAAUGUUCUUGCAAUAAAUCCUUUUAAAUAAAAUAUAAGCAUAUGUUA